AUGUCAACAGGCGGCGCUCCAACUGAGAUCUCCAUCACUGAGACUCCAUCACUAAUAGCUUCCCUUGAUCCUGGAACUGUAUCACGGAUGCUUAAAGCGCUUGACACUGAGAGAAGCUUGAACGCGUCUAUUCUGUCUGCGGCCACAGAUGAUGACAGAACUAGCAGAGAGAAUGCUAUGAAACCUGUGCGUGGAGCACUGAACAAAUACUUGACAGAGAUGGGCACAGACAAUGAGAGUGUAAAUAAAUCCGCCUUGGACACUGAAGUCAACAAAGUCAAAGAAACCUACGACGUUUGA